UUAUUGUUGCCCUGACGAGCCAUACAUAGCGCUAGCAGCGUGAACACCACCUGGACCCUCACCACUUCCUGCUGGACUCUAUCCGCCGAUUCAUUGGCUCUCCGGAAGAGAAAGGAAGGUUUUCAUUGGACCACGUCCAGUUUGCAUCUCUUUGCAGCAUGUAGCGUGCAUUCUUCAAUCCAUUGCUCUGGCCGCGGAGACUAAGUUAAUCGAUUACCUACACCGCGUGUUUACAUUGAAACGACUGGAAGAAAAAGAGAAAGUGGUCUUCCUCAACUACAUCCUCUGAGUGCCAGAGCUCUCCAAUAUCAUACUUCUGGCUCGGUCCUGUGUGCAGUCUGGAACAGGCAAAAUGAAUUGUCCACCUUGGCCUAAAGGAAAGAAACUGGUUCACCUGGAUUUAAAAGGUGCCCCCCCACGGGUAGAGUACCUUCAGAAGCUGAUGGAGCUGUUCUGUCAGCUGGGAGUUGAUGGCCUGCUGGUGGAGUAUGAGGACAUGUUUCCUUAUGACGGGGAGCUGAAGCUGCUGCAGGCCACAGCUCAGCCUGCUUACAGCCGAGAGGAGGUGUUAACCAUGCAGGAAUUUGCCAAAUCUAAAGGCAUGGAGGUCAUCCCGCUGGUGCAGACAUUUGGUCACCUGGAGUUUGUCUUGAAGCAUCGGCCCAUGUGGAGCCUGAGAGAGAUGGCACACUGUGUGGGAACACUGAAUCCCCAUAAAGAGGAAGGGCUAAGGCUGGUGAUGGAGAUGCUGAGGCAGGUGGUGGAGCUGCAUCCAGGCUUAAACACACUGCACAUUGGAGCAGAUGAGGUGUACAUGCUGGGUGAGGGGGAGGAGUCCAAACUGUGGUUGGCCUCACCUGGACGUACAGUGGAGCAACUUUUCCUGAGUCACGUGACCAAGUUGGCCCAGGCCAUCAAGGAGGCGUGGCCUCACAUGACCAUCAUAAUGUGGGAUGACAUGAUGAGAGGCAUGAGCCAGGACACAUUAAAAGCUAGUGGGCUAGUGGGACUGGUCCAACCAAUGCUGUGGGACUACAACCCUAAUCUGGAUGUGGACACAACUGUGUCUCUGCUGGAGAAGUACUGCAGUGCUGGUAUGUCAGACCUGUGGGCAGCCAGCUCCUUUAAAGGCUCCACCAGUGUCUACACCUGCGUUCCCAGCACACAAAGACAUGUGGAUAAUCAUGUGCAGUGGCUGAAGGUGGCUGCUGCUUUAUCUGCUGCUGUGAACCUGCAGGGCAUUGCCAUCACAGGCUGGCAAAGGUAUGACCACCUGUCGGUGCUGUGUGAGCUGAUGCAUGUGGCUCUUCCAUCACUAGCAGCCUGUCUCCAGACCCUCAACCAUGGCCAGUUCAGUGCUGAGGCUCAGAGCAAAGUAACAGAGACCCUGGGUAUCUCCUCCGUGGAGGUGGAGGCCAUGGGGAGUACUUCUGCAGACGACUUGCUGUUCCCAGGAAGGAGGCUGGCUGAGUUAACUGUGGAGCUCAAUUCACUGCUGAACUCAGAGGACAUCCGUUUUUUUGAAAACAACAUGUUUGUAAGAGGAUGGUUCAGCCCCUACCAGCGACAGAGGAAAAUGGUAACCCCUCUCUUGACCAUGCAGAUUCACAACCAAGCAUCAACGUACUUGGCUACGUUAGAAGAGAAAGUGGAAGCAGUGAAAGUAGAGAUGGUGCGUUUGUAUCCAGAUUCAACAGCCCAGGAGUGGAUAGAGGAACACGUCAGCCCUGUAGUGGCUCCUUUACAGAGGAUAACAGAGGAAAUCAGAGUCUGUGUGAAUGAGAUGGUGCCAUAGAAUAUUUAGCCAGAAUCAGACUUUUUUUGUGCUUAUGAGGGGUGUCACAAUUCUCUAAAUCCACAAUUCAACAUUUCAAUUCCAAGAUUAAAUGUUUCAUAUAGGCUAUACUAUUGAUAGACUACCAUCAUUGAUCAUUGAUCAUCGGACUGCCUGAUUUUUGGAAUGCAUCACACUAAGGCCAAAAUUUAAGUAUUUCAUUUAAAUCAUCAGACCUGCUUUUAUUAUUGAAAUUGAAAGCAUUUACAUUGAUUUUUGAUUUAGAAUUGAAAUUGUGAUACCUCUAGUGCUAACGCAAGACCAAACUUAUGUAUGUAAAUUGCACUAAUUGUAGCAAAGUAAGGAAAUAUGAAAAGGAGACUUAGAGUUUACAUAUAAAAUAACUUUAUAGAAUUCUCCCAAAAGCAUAAAAGUACACAAAUACAAUAAAA